UCGCUGCGCAAGGAAAAGCCGUCGUUCGUCGGGUGCUCGCUCGAUCUGCUAUCUAUCUCUGCCCUGCUGCCUGUCUGUCUCUCACUCAAAAUGGUCUAAAGGACGGGAACGAGUGCCACCUGCGGGAUGAACCGAAUCUAGUCAUUUGAACAACGAUUCUAGUUAGAACUGAAGCAGUUGGAAACUAAACCAAAUAAAAACCAGUGUGAUAUUGAAAUGAAACUGAAUGACAUUAUAGAAUAAUAGGCGCGUAAACGUUACACACAGUUUGACAAAGUCAUCCCACUCUAGAAGUAACAGAAAUCCCCGUUGUUUCGAAUUUCCACACCCAAAUGCUGCUCUGCGUGGAUUUUUGGAUGCCAUAUGCCUACAACGGUCGACAUCGCGAACAGCAGCAACAGCAAAAAUUGGUCUUCUUUGACGGCUAGACAGUCGCCAGCAUCCACGGAAUCACCUACGGCUCAGCACACGCAAUUAACUAGCCGCAUCCUUUCGCUCCUCCUUGGAUAGUAACAGCAGCGGCGCACAUCGCCGACUGCCGGUGGCAGUUGAGCACUAGGAGGAAACCCGGUCGAACGGGCGAAUCCUGAGACUCAACCCUCCACCAAGUGAAAGUUUCUCUUUUUCUGUACUGACCGGCUAGCUGUAUCUUUCGCCAAAACGGAUAAAGUAAACGGCACCAAGAUUACGGACAACACGAUGGAGGACCUGCUCCAGGCAGGCCACGUGGUCAAGGAGCGCUGGAAGGUUCUGAAAAAGAUCGGUGGUGGAGGUUUCGGCGAGAUCUACGAGGGUCAGGACUUGAUCACGCGGGAGCAGGUCGCCCUGAAGGUAGAAUCCGCUCGACAGCCCAAGCAGGUCCUCAAGAUGGAGGUGGCCGUCCUGAAGAAGCUGCAGGGCAAGGAGCACAUCUGCCGCUUCAUCGGUUGUGGCCGUAACGAUCGCUUCAACUACGUGGUCAUGCAGCUGCAGGGCAAAAAUCUGGCCGAACUGCGACGAUCUCAGGCUCGCGGAGCGUUCUCGCUCAGCACCACACUGCGGAUCGGCCUCCAGAUACUCCGUUCGAUCGAGUCGAUCCACUCGGUCGGGUUUCUUCAUCGUGAUAUUAAACCAAGCAACUUUGCUAUUGGAAGGUUACCGUGCAAUAAUCGUAAAAUUUACAUGUUGGACUUUGGAUUAGCCAGACAGUACACGACCGGGACCGGCGAGGUGCGGUGUCCCCGGGCGGCCGCCGGUUUUCGUGGUACCGUGAGAUAUGCCUCACUGAAUGCGCACAAAAAUCGGGAAAUGGGUCGGCAGGACGAUCUGUGGUCUUUGUUUUAUAUGCUUGUUGAGUUUGUUACUGGCCAGCUUCCGUGGCGUAAAAUUAAGGAUAAGGAGCAAGUUGGAUUGUUAAAGGAGAAAUACGAUCAUCGUUUGCUACUCAAGCACUUGCCUUCAGAUUUCAAGUACUUCUUAGAUCACAUUCAAUCGCUUAAUUACGCAGACAAGCCGGACUAUGCUAUGCUGGUAACCCUAUUCGAGCGCUGUAUGAAGCGACGCGGCGUCAAGGAAACCGAUCCAUUCGACUGGGAGAAGAUAGAGGAAAACAAUGCCGACCAUGGCGGAGUUGGUGGGGAAGCCAAAACCGGAGGAGGAGGAGGAAACGCAGCCGUACCAAAGAGUGAACUAGUUAAGAAACACAAGGAAAUAGAGCUAAAUGAGGAGAAACGUAAAGUGAUUGCCGAUUCGGUCAAAAUCAUGCACACCGAACCGAUCGAAUCGAUCAAGCCGCAGAAUGCGAACGCCGUGAACGCAAAAAUCCCGAACGCAGCAGCGCUAGUAAAUGCCGGUCAACUAAACAACGUCCAACAGAACAACAAGUUUGCUCCGGAUCCGUUGGAUCCCCGCAGUAAAGACACCCUGCAGGCGUUCAAGGAUUUAAUCGGAAGUCAGGAAGUGACCAAAGUGCGGCCUGAAAUCCCGUUGGUGCGUGCCCACACGGACGUCAACAAACCGACCAAACACGGCGGCAGCCGUUUACGGAUUCUGACCGCACCCCCGGUCAACAUCAAAGACUUCGCAUCCUCGAUAGAGAGCCUACACCAGCACUCGCAAGCCAAUGAAAUCAAUCUGUCGGAAACGCGGUCCAAGCUGAAAACGGAAGCCGACGAGGUAAGCUGUACGCCCGGCGAUGGUCCGACGGCACCGGGAACCCCGGGAACCGGUACCGAGGGCGGCCACAUGGCGAACUCGCUGACGCAGCGCCAAUCGCUGCAUCUCGGCGGCAAGAGCCUGCGCUCGUUCGCUAGCCAGUCGGCCAAGUACCGCAGCGUGGCGGACGACAAGAGCUGUCGGGACUUUUCCAUCACCCAGCACGCGAUCAUCGACGACGAGAAUGCCAGCCAGCACCAGACGCCCAAGUAUCAGGGCGCACUGACGCUGGCCUCGCAGUGGAAGAGCCAGUUCGACGAUUCGGACGACUCGACCGAUGGCCUGUGGAAAGGCGAACAACAUUCCGAAAAUGCAUCCAAGAAAAAUAUCUCGGCCCUGAAGGAGCAACCGCAAUCGGUUAAGGAACCGGUGUUAAAGGAUCAACAGCAGCAGCAGCAGCAACAACAGCAGCAACACAAGCAAAAUAACAACAACAACACAUCGAUGAGUGCUAUUGUUAAUAAUACCACAACUAAUAAUGCUAUUACUACUACCAUUACGGACAACCCGGCGGCAGACCUUGCAAAUAAUCUCAACUCUUAAUUUAUUGAUGAAAAAUAUGAAAUUAUAAGAGGA